GCUCUGUUUAUUCGUCAGAAGAAAGCAGCGCGAGCGCAGCUCCGCACCGAACCCUGCGACGUUCUGAUUUCGAAUUUUGAAAUAUUUUGAAUCAACCUGCGCCAGGACAGAUAUGCAGAACGUUUGAAUUUAAAUCAAAAUACCAAGGGUGUUUGCAGAAUUUCUUACCAGUUGGAUACAAUUUCGCGUGCAAAAACAGACAUCUGAUUCAGUGCAAGCAAAUGAUUUGAUUUCGGGAACUGUGCUGUGUAGAUGAAAGCACCGACGUCGCGGCUGCUCUUUGAUCUGAAAGGAGGCGCUAAACGAACGAAGGAAGGAAGGAAGAUUGAUUGACUGAUUUGGUGGGAAACUAAGCAACUUUUUAAUCGCGGCGUCAACACAUAUUCGAACCCUUCUGAUUGAUGGAGAAUCAGAGGCCGAGGAUUUUCAGAAUUAAACCUUUUAAAUUGUGACAUUUUGCGCCUUUAUAGCACAUCUGUCAAUCCACGCGGCGUGUUUAUAGUUUACAGUUCGUGCGCGGAACGGACCGAGCUGAUCUGACCUAUCCUUUGAAGUUUGACGCGCGCACGGUACGAUCAUGGGCUGCACGGUGAGCGCAGAAGACAAGGCGGCCAGCGAGAGAUCAAAAAUGAUCGACAAAAACCUUCGGGAGGAUGGUGAGAAGGCUGCGAGGGAGGUGAAACUGCUCCUGCUCGGUGCGGGUGAAUCAGGGAAGAGCACCAUUGUGAAACAAAUGAAAAUCAUCCAUGAAGACGGCUACUCAGAAGACGAGUGUAAGCAGUACAGAGCGGUGGUCUACAGCAACACCAUCCAGUCCAUAAUGGCCAUCAUUAAAGCCAUGAGCAACCUCAAGAUCGACUACGGAGAGACCGCCCGAGUGGACGAUGCGCGGCAGCUGUUUGCUCUGUCUGCAGCAGCGGAGGAGCAGGGGAUCUUGACUGAAGAUCUGGCCAAUGUGAUCCGCAGACUGUGGGCCGACAGCGGGGUCCAGGGAUGUUUCACCAGGUCCAGAGAGUAUCAGCUCAACGACUCUGCUGCCUAUUAUCUGAAUGAUCUGGAGAGGAUAGCACGGGCAGACUACAUCCCCACCCAGCAGGACGUCUUGAGGACCCGAGUGAAGACCACUGGGAUCGUGGAGACACAUUUCACUUUUAAAGAUCUGCACUUCAAGAUGUUUGAUGUGGGAGGUCAGAGGUCAGAGAGGAAGAAAUGGAUCCAUUGCUUUGAGGGAGUAACAGCCAUCAUCUUCUGUGUGGCUCUGAGCGCUUAUGACCUGGUGCUGGCAGAAGACGAGGAGAUGAACCGCAUGCAUGAAAGCAUGAAACUGUUCGACUCCAUCUGUAACAACAAGUGGUUCACUGAGACGUCCAUCAUCCUUUUCCUCAACAAGAAGGAUCUGUUUGAGGAGAAGAUCACGCGCAGCCCUCUCACCAUCUGCUACCCGGAGUACUCAGGAGCUAAUAAAUACGAUGAGGCUGCCAGUUACAUCCAGACCAAGUUUGAGGACCUCAACAAGAAAAAAGACACAAAGGAAAUCUACACCCACUUUACCUGUGCGACUGACACUAAGAACGUGCAGUUUGUGUUCGACGCCGUCACUGACGUCAUCAUCAAAAACAACCUGAAGGACUGCGGCCUCUUUUAAUGAAGGAGCCCAAGAGAAUGACCAGGAAGGUGUAAACUGUUUGACGGACCUGGUUCUACACGACAUGCUAGACUGCCUUCAACUACCUUUAAGAAUCAUAAUGUUUUUUGUUGUUUUGUUCUUUUAUGUGACGACCUGAAAAAGACUUGUGAACAAGGAAGAGAGAAGAAACUUCAGUGAAUUCCAGCACACCACCCUUCUUUCCUGAACCUGAUUUUAGUUUGGUUCUCAAUGUGUAAAUAUUUAAUUUUGCGGUUCUUUUCUGCCAGAAAACAUGUGGAGAGUCAGGAUUAUAUUCUGAAAUAUUGUUUCUAUUGAGCGUUCGGUUUUGUUUUCCACAGUUUUCCAAUGAGGUGGGUGAGGACUUCUUUUAUGGAUGUGCUAAUUUUAUUAAACUCCGUGGCAAAAUGCUUCUUUUGUAAAGUUAAUGUGAGCACAGAAAGAAAACGAGACAUCCCUUUUAUAACGGCGACUCUUCAUCCCAGACUCGAGCUGUGUGUUGUUGCAUGACGGAUCAUAUGAAAUUGCUCGCUCAUUUCAGACCACGGCUCGUGACAUUCCCUCACAUGUCUUCACUAUCUCUUCUAGCUUGUCUUUGACAGCGUCCAGAAUUGACUAGCGUGUAACACAUUUAUAUCUGCCCUCACGUUUCUCCUUCCUGUUGCUGUACCAUCCCUUCUUUUGCGCGAUGUCUGUGCCUUGUUUUCACUGUCUGUAGAUCAUAGGGAAAAGUGUAAAAGUGUUGAGCACAUUUUAAGAGCUAAAUAAAACUUAGACCACAGUCUAAAUAUCUUAAUACCAUGAAAGAUUUCAUUGGAAAUAAAAGUUAUGUAAGACAGA